AUGGUUUAUUUGAGUCGCGCACCGCUGCUGCUACUGCUGCUACUGACGGCCGAACUCAAGCUCGUGUCCGGCGGCGGAUCUACACAACAACCUGCCGAGCACCAGCGCUUUCUCCAUCACGGGAACAUCCUCAGCCCCCUACUGAAGGCUUUAUCAGAACACGAACCGUGGGGCAUCCCGCCCACCAAAACCAAACCCGACUCCAGAUACGUGCGCUUCAUGAAACGACUUUACAAACUGUCCGCAAAGCACGAGAGGAACCACGAGGCAUCUCACCUGUACAACACUGUGCGCCUGAUCACACCACGGCAGGAGUGUCUGGAACACUGUGAAGAAAUAUUCAUGCAGGACAUUUCCUACAGUCUUCACCGUGUAAAAGCCCAGGAACAACUGCUUAAAUCUGUGUUGCUCUACUCUUUUGACCAUAACCAUGCCACCUCACUUGCCUCCGUAUGCUACCUGCACAUCAAAGAACAAGCCCCCUCUGACGGGCGCAUGUGCCUCGGUUCUCCUAGCCAACCCCGCGCGGUGACACCCAUCAGCUUCCAUUUCCGGUCCAACAGAGCCAGCCGCCACAAGUGGGUGGAAGUAGACGUGACAUCUUUCCUUCACCCACUCAUCCAAGGCCAUAAAAAGGACAUCCACCUGCUCAUUAAUCUGACCUGCCUGAAAGACGAGCCCCGUGAACGCGGACGUCACACUUCCCAAAGCCCCGUUGAGCUCACACACAUGGCUCCGUCUCUUCUGCUCUAUCUGAACGACACCAGUGAGGUGGCAUAUCAGAGGGGGUCUUCACACGCCAGGCUGGGAGAAAUCAGAUCAACCCACUGGAGUGAGAAAGACCAGAACCGGUACUAUGGAUCUAGUCCGUACAGGCAAAUGUGGCGAGAUCGGAGGAGCACUAAAAAUACAAAACGGUCUCCAAAGCCGACCGCUCAAAGCGGCCUGCUGGACUCUAUCAAUUUCGAACAUCCCACGGAUGACUGUGACCUCUUUGACUUCCGAGUGAGCUUCACCCAGCUCAAACUAGAUCACUGGAUCAUAGCACCCUCCAAAUACAAUCCCAGGUACUGUAAGGGUAUCUGUCCUCGGUUUGUUGGCCACAUCCAUGGCUCACCUGUUCACACGAUGGUACAAAACAUUAUUUAUGAGAAGCUAGACUCAUCUGUGCCCAGACCUUCCUGUGUUCCAUCGGAAUACGACCCUCUGAGUGUUUUGACCAUUGAAAAUGACGGCUCUAUUGCUUAUAAGGAAUAUGAGGAGAUGAUUGCUACAAAGUGCACCUGCCGCUAA